AUGCGUCAACUCCCCUAUAAAAGCGUCAGCUCUCCUAUAAAGCAUCAACUCCCCAUUCUCCCGCUUACCAUCACCCCGCCCCAUUCUCCCGCUUUCCAUCACCCCGCCCCAUUCUCCCUCUUUCCAUCACCCCGCCCCAUUCUCCCUCUUUCCAUCACCCCACCCUAUUCUCCCUCUUUCCAUCACCCCGCCCCACUCUCCCGCUUUCCAUCACCCCACCCCUUUCUCCCGCGUUCCAUCACCCCGCCCCAUUCUCCCGCUUUCCGUCACCCCGCCCCAUUCUCCCGCUUUCCACCACCCUGCCCCAUUCUCCCGCUUUCCAUCACCCUGCCCCAUUCUCCCGCUUUCCAUCACCCCGCCCCAUUCUCCCGCUUUCCAUCACCCCGCCCCAUUCUCGCGCUUUCCAUCACCCCGCCCCAUUCUCAAGCUUUCCAUCACCCCGCCCCAUUCUCCCGCUUUCCAUCACCCCGCCCCAUUCUCCCGCUUUCCAUCACCCCACCCCAUUCUCCCUCCUUCCAUCACCCCGCCCCAUUCUCCCUCCUUCCAUCACCCCGCCCCAUUCUCUCGCUUUCCAUCACCCCGCCCCAUUCUCCCUCCUUCCAUCACCCCGCCCCAUUCUCCCUCCUUCCAUCACCCCGCCCCAUUCUCCCUCCUUCCAUCACCCCGCCCCAUUCUCCCGCUUUCCAUCACCCCGCCCCAUUUUUUCCGCUUCCCAUAACCCCACCCCAUUCUCCCGCUUUCCAUCACCCCGUCAAAUUCUCCCGCUUUCUAUCACCCCGCCCCAUUCUCCCUCCUUCCAUCACCCCGCCCCAUUCUCCCGCUUUCAAUCACCCCGCCCCAUUCUCCCGAUUUCCAUCACCCCGCCCCAUUCUCUCGCUUUCCAUCACCCCGCCCCAUUCUCCCGCUUUCCAUCACCCUGCCCCAUUCUCCCGCUUUCCAUCAUCCCGCCCCAUUCUCCCUCCUUCCAUCACCCCGCCCUAUUCUUCCGCUUUCCAUCACCCCUCCCCAUUCUCCCUCCUUCCAUCACCCCGCCCCAUUCUUCCGCUUUCCAUCACCCGCCCCAUUCUCCCGCUUUCUAUCACCUCGCCCCAUUCUCCCGCUUUCCAUCACCCCACCCCAUUCUUUUGCUUUCCAUCACCCCGCCCCAUUCUCCCGCUUUCCAUCACCCUGCCCCAUUCACCCCCUUUCCAUCACCCGCCCCAUUCUCCCGCUUUCCAUCACCCCGCCCCAUUCUCCCGCUUUCCAUCACCCCGCUCCAUUCUCCCGCCUUCCAUCACCCCGCCCCAUUCUCCCGCUUUCCAUCACCCCGCCCCAUUCUCCCGCUUUCCAUCACUCCGCCCCAUUCUCCCGCUUUCCAUCACCCCGACCCAUUCUCCCACUUUCCAUCACCCCGCCCCUUUCUCCCUCCUUCCAUCACCCCGCCUCAUUCUCCCUCCUUCCAUCACCCCGCCCCAUUCUCCCGCUUUCCAUCACCCUGCCCCAUUCUCCCGCUUCUCAUCACCCAGCCCCAUUCUCCCGCUUUCCAUCACCCCGCUCCAUUCUCCCGCCUUCCAUCACCCUGCCCCAUUCUCCCGCUUUCCAUCACCCCGCCCCAUUCUCCCGCUUUCCAUCACUCCGCCCCAUUCUCCCGCUUUCCAUCACCCCGACCCAUUCUCCCACUUUCCAUCACCCCGCCCCUUUCUCCCUCCUUCCAUCACCCCGCCUCAUUCUUCCUCCUUCCAUCACCCCGCCCCAUUCUCCCGCUUUCCAUCACCCUGCCCCAUUCUCCCGCUUUUCAUCACCCAGCCCCAUUCUCCCGCUUUCCAUCACCCCACCCCAUUUUCCCGCUUUCCAUCACCCCGCCCCAUUCUCCCGCUUUCCAUCACCCUGCCCCAAUCUCCCGCUUUCCAUCACCCCGCCCCAUUCUCCCUCCUUCCAUCACCCCGCCCCAUUCUCCCGCUUUCCAUCACCCCGCCCCAUUCUCCCGCUUUCCAUCACCCAGCCCCAUUCUCCCGCUUUCCAUCAACCCGCCCCAUUCUCCCGCUUUCCAUCACCCCACCCCAUUCUCCCUCCUUCCAUCACCCCGACCCAUUCUCCCUCCUUCCAUCACCCCGCCCCAUUCUCCCGCUUUCCAUCACCCCGACCCAUUCUCCCUCCUUCCAUCACCCCGCCCCAUUCUCCCGCUUUCCAUCACCCCGCCCCAUUUUCCCCCUUCCCAUAACCCCACCCCAUUCUCCCGCUUUCCAUCACCCCGCCAAAUUCUCCCGCUUUCUAUCACCCCGCCCCAUUCUCCCUCCUUCCAUCACCCCGCCCCAUUCUCCCGCUUUCAAUCACCCCGCCCCAUUCUCCCGAUUUCCAUCACCCCGCCCCAUUCUCUCGCUUUCCAUCACCCCGCCCCAUUCUCCCGCUUUCCAUCACCCCGCCCCAUUCUCCCGCUUUCCAUCAUCCCGCCCCAUUCUCCCUCCUUCCAUCACCCCGCCCUAUUCUUCCGCUUCCCAUCAUCCCGCCCCAUUCCCCCGCUUUCCAUCACAACUCCCCGUUCUCCCUCCUUCCAUCACCCCGCCCCAUUCUCUCGCUUUCCAUCACCCCGCCCCAUUCUCCCGCUGUCCAUCACCCCGCCCCAUUCUCCCGCUUUCCAUCACUCCGCCCCAUUAUCCCUUCUUCCAUCACCCCGCCCCAUUCUCCCUCCUUCAAUCACCCCGCCCCAUUCUCCCGCUUUCCAUCACCCCGCCUCAUUCUCCCGCUUCCCAUAACCCCACCCCAUUCUCCCGCUUUCCAUCACCCCGCCACAUUCUCCCACUUUCCAUCAGCCCGCCCCCUUCUCUCUCCUUCCAUCACCCCGCCCCAUUCUCCCUCCUUCCAUCACCCUGCCCCAUUCUCCCGCUUUCCAUCAGCCCGCCCCAUUCUCCCGCUUUCCAUCACCCCUCCCCUUUCUCCCGCUUUCCAUCUCCCUGCCCCAUUCUCCCGCUUUCCAUCACCCCGCCCCAUUCUCCCGCUUUCCAUCACCCCGCCCCAUUCUUCCGCUUCCCAUCAUCCCGCCCCAUUCCCCCGCUUUCCAUCACCCCUCCCCUUUCUCCCGCUUUCCAUCUCCCUGCCCCAUUCUCCCGCUUUCCAUCACCCUGCCCCAUUCUCCCGCUUUCCAUCACCCCGCCCCAUUCUUCCGCUUCCCAUCAUCCCGCCCCAUUCCCCCGCUUUCCAUCACCCCUCCCCAUUCUCCCUCCUUCCAUCACCCCGCUCCAUUCUCUCGCUUUCCAUCACUGCGCCCCAUUCUCCCGCUUUCCAUCACCCCGACCCAUUCUCCCGCUUUCCAUCACCCCGCCCCAUUUUCCCUCCUUCCAUCACCCCGCCCCAUUCUCCCGCUUUCCAUCACCCCGCCCCAUUCUCCCUCCUUCCAUCACACCGCCCCAUUCUCCCUCAUUCCAUCACCCUGCCCCAUUCUCCCGCUUUCCAUCACCCCGCCCCAUUCUCCCGCUUCCCAUAACCCCACCCCAUUCUCCCGUUUUCCAUCACCCCGCCACAUUUUCCCACUUUCCAUCACCCCGCCCCUGGCAGAAUUCUCUCCAAACGAUUUCUCAAGUUUCCAACGUUCAUAAGGCCUCAAUAUGGUUGGUACGAACUCCGGAGGUGCUAGUGGCGAGAUGGAUAGAAAUAGAGAGGCUGGAGAACUGGGGGGAGUUGCUGGUGGAGGAGUGGGGACUCACCAACCAGCCAACCCUACGCUACCUACUUCUUCUACACCAUCUCCUAAUACCGUGGAUCCUGUGA